AUGCGGCAAAAUGGUUACAAUAAGUUGAAAUCCCUAGUGCGCUGGCUCGAUGUAGAAAAUACACUGCUUGCUAAAAUUCUGGAACGGAACUAUAUGCAGCACCGGAGACAACCUUUUCUUCUGUACACUAGGCUGGCGCUGAAGCACAGCGCUCAAUUUGCUAAACGACUGAAAUCUAAUGUAAAAUCGCUACACAGUGAUAGUGCAUGUGAUUUAGAAGAGAUAAAUGAGUUAUCGGAUAAAUGUACAGCGUUAAUUAUCCGUGCUGGAGUGGAAUUGUCGCGAAUACACGUCCAUAGGCACUUUACCCAAUUAAUAACGACAUUAAUCGCAUGUCUAUCCAGACUUCACUUGCUCAUGGGCAAGUGGCGUAAAUCAAGUUUCCAUAAAUUAAAAGCCAAAUAG